AUGGCCCCCAAAAUCGACGACCGCCGCGAUGAGCACUCCGCGAACCGAGAACCGGCGACUACCGAUAGAGACGCAGAGUCGCGCGCAGACGGAGCAGCUCUCCCCGGAGAAGGCGGACCCUUCAGCGCAGACCAGCAGCAUCUGACAACCCAGCUGCAGCUGCCAAGCCGGGCGCAGGAGGAUGAAUGCCGGGGGGAGAUGGGGGAGCCAACGGCCGACCACGCUGGCGAUAUGGUAUCAUUUGACCGCCCUACUCGCGAUUAUGAGGCAGACUUGCUCGAGGUGCUCCACGCACCGUCGAACGCGGACGCCAGAGCCCUCGCGCGCCGCCACUACGAGCGCUACGGAACAGACCCCACAUGGGAAGCCAUUCGGGAGACCGCGCGGGUUCGUUUGAGCGAGGAUAUACGGCAGGUGGAGGAGCAGUUGGAUGUUUUGAGGCGGCAGCUGCGUGGCGACAAGGAUGGACUUGCAGGUCUUGCUGAGGAGCCCCAGAACGAGGAUUUUCCAUAG